UAAAUAUAAUCUUAGAAAAAGUCUGUUUUGGUGAUAAAACAAAGCAAUAAUUGUUAUUUGACUCAUGUGGGCGAUGAUACACAAAGUUUUAAUACAUGUUUGGUUAUAUGAACUCUUAUCAAAACAAUGAAUCCGUAUAAAGACGUAGAAGACAGUUCAUUUACUUCUUCACCACAUCUCGCAUAUGAAGAUAUCGCAACCAAACUACUGAAAGACCAUUACUUUCUAACAGCUUUAGAGCUUCAUACUGAGUUGGUAGAGAGCGGAAAAGAGCUUCCGCAAUUAAGAGAAUUCUUUUCAAAUCCGGGCAACUUUGAACAACAUGUAUCUAGACCAUCUGAUAUUGGGUCUAUGCACCGAACACCUAGCCAAGCCACAUUGGAUUCACUGGACACAGCCAGGUACUCAGAAGAUGGUGGUGGGGACAGAGGUGGCAGUGGAGGGGAUGUGGCUGUUUUAGAAUUUGAACUAAGGAAGGCCAGAGAGACUAUUAAUGCUUUACGUGCCAAUCUUACACAGUUUGCAGAUGGUGAGUCUGCAUUGGAUAAGAUCACACAAGAUAAUUUUGAUAAGCGAUCAUUAAAGCCACAUGAAAAACGAGCAUUAAAUUUCCUUAUCAAUGAAUAUUUGCUGCUACAGAAUUAUAAGCUUACUUCCAUUACAUUUUCGGAUGAGAACCCUGAUCAGGAAUUUGAAGAUUGGGAUGAUGUUGGUCUCAAUAUGCCCCGACCAGCUGGUUUGAUUUCAUUAUUUAGAGGAAAUAAAAGUUCAUUGAGCACUUCAACGAAUGAUGCCAUCACACAGACUGAUGUUAUCCAAAGAGUUGAAAUACAUUGUCAAACGGAAUGCGAAGAAGAAAAUGUAUGUGUCAGUUGUCAGACAUCAUUAGAUAAUGACACAGAUUGGAACCAUGAGUUAUUAAUACAAGCUGAAGAAAUCGAAUUAUUAAAACAAAAGAUAAUAGCAUUGGAGACUGAAAAAUUGAACUUCCAAAAGUUGUAUGAUGCUGCGAUAGUGAGUUUAAACUCUCUGACAAGUCCUACUUCAGAGAGUAAAGGUCUCGACCUACAAAUACCUGGAGACAAGUUGUUAACAACGGGACAAAUAAUACAGCAGUCUUUAGAUGCAAGACCCAUAACUUGUACUGCCGCUGAAAAUCAUUAUGGCAGUGGACAUUCAACAAACAGUGCAACACCAGAUCAAUUUGAAAUGAUUGACAGUGAGAAAAAUUGUGGAAUUAAGAAAGAUGGGUCUAACACGAGCUCAUUCGAGCCCGCGAUGUUAGGCGAGAUCAGCGCCAGAGGGUCCCCACUACGCACAGGUAGUGUUACCACCCUUGACGAAACAUUGAGUAUUAACGACGCCGGAGACUGGACACGCGUGCAAUACGAAUAUAAUAUUGAGAAUAACACAAAGGAAAUGUGGAUAGACAGUGGGAUACCAACUGGUGUGAAAGAGUCUAUUCUGAACUUAUGCUCUGAAGCAUUGAAUCUCAACGAGCCACUGACUAAUGACCUGCUGGCAGAGCUGGUCAACAGUGACAAACCCAUCACAUUACCUGGACUGUUGUUAUUAGUGGCUGAUACAUUGCCGCGGAUAGUGCCGCACACGCUGGUGUCGCGGCGGUGCGAGGCGGCGGCCCUGUUGGCGGCGGGCGCUGCGCUGCUGUCAGCGGCGGAGGCGCGGCGUGCCCGUCUGCUGCACACACUGCUCACGCUGCUCAAGAAACCUGAACCCGGCGACGCAAGGAUCAUAUGUGAAGCUGUCUGCCUCGUGGUGAAAUGGGGUGGGGCUGCGGAAGUCUUAUCAUCAGUUGCAGAAUUAUUAGCCUCAAGGUCAUCAGAGCGUAGGAUAUUGGCCAGUCAGAUUUGUCUGGCUAUAGCGCCUUAUGUACCUGUAGAGUUAUGUACAUCACUACUACUAAGUCUUGUGGUACUUAUGUGUGAAUCCAGUGAACCGGAAAUCCGUAGUCUGGGUUUGAAAUCUGCGUGUCUUGUUUGUGUGGUCGCUGAUCAUAAAUAUAACCAGUUGGAGAAUCUCAUGUUUAGCUUUUUAAAAGACCCAGUGGAUAAGAAUGUUAAGGAUACUAUCAAUGUGUUCGUACCGACGUUGGCGAGGAGUGCUUUGAUGGCUGGCAAAUUCUCAUCAGAUCUGUGCAAUCGUGUUAUGACGAAUUUAAUAAAAUCUUGUAAUGAUAAUGAAUGGAAGAGUGUUUUAUUAAAUUUAGAAGUUAUCAAGAGUCUAGUAUUGGCGAAGCUCGCUUAUGUGAUAAAUGUACAAAUAGUUAAGGAUGUUAACUUAAGUGACUGUGAUAUGAAGACAAUUAACUUACAAGAUGUGCCGUUGGAGUCUGAGGAGAACUUCAUAGAUGUAUCGUGUUAUGUUAGUGACAGUGUGGACGCUAAGAUGUUAUUGUUAGCUAUGAAUAGUUUAAUUAAAGACCCUUCGGUUAGAUGGACAGAGCUCGAUUGGUUUAUUGACUGGAUAAGAAAAAUGUUAGAAAUAAUAAGCAGCUGUAAAGUUUCAAAUCAUCCAAUAGUUUAUGAGCUUCUGAUUACAUUAUUUAAUAGUUACAUAGAUAAUUUCGGUUAUAACUUCGCUUGUAACAUAAUGAAGCCUAUAUUUACUGAUAUUUUAAAUGAAUUGGAACAGAAAAUAGAAAAAUUAGACACAGUUAGUUUGGAGAGUACUGUUGUUGUUGGUAUAUAUUUGGCUUCAGUUUUAAUUGCGGUCGAAGAGGGCCCUUCACAAGCUGAGUUUUUGCAAAAAUGGAUUGUAUACAGCAGUAUACGUGGACUUCCUGCAAAGAUAUUCUCUAUGCCAUUCAAAUGGCUGGCAACACAUCGACCUGAAGUCCUCACAUUCUUCUGGCAACAUUUAAGGGAAUUCUGCGCUAGUAGCUGUGAGAACGCGAGUGGUGCAGGUAUCCGCGCUCACAUCGGCGCACUCCUCACGGAGAUGGUGAAUGUGUCGGACGUAAGAGAGGAGUGUAUGGAGCGCCAGCUGCUGCCCGCCGUCAUCGCGCUCUUGUAUGAUGAUCACGUUUCUGUGCGGGAAGCUGCGCUGAGCUCGUGGGGCAGUGUAACUCGCGCGUGUAUGGUGCGAGGGUUGUCGUGCGGGGCACAGUGCUGGCCGCCAAUGGAGCAGUGGGUGGGAGGCCGCACCCUCACUCCGAAGGAGGCGGCUCGUCUCGCCGAAGCCCUGGCGCUCCUCGUGCUGCCCACUGUUGAUGACCGCGCUGUCUCCGAACAAGCGGUGUCAUUGCUGUGCGCUUUAUGCCACCAUCCGGCGCUGUCUGCCGAGUGGGUGUCAUCUUUGACUCCGGGUCUGCAGCUUGCUGUGCACCACUGUCGACAGCAUCCCGCUAUACUACCCGCACUCAGGAAACUAGAAGAAAGUGUAGAAACAGGAGCGAUGAGUCAGUACAAAUCAUCAAUAGAGGCGUUACUGAACGCUGCGGGAAGUCACACGGGCGAGAGUGCGCGAGAGCCGCAGAGAGCUGCCACCACCACCACCAACCUGCAGGCGGCGCAGGAGGUCGGCAGGAGGGUCACACAGAUCUUCCACCACUCCAAGAACAAUAUCAAUCUACAGAAUAUAUUCAAGAAGAAAACGUAA